AUGCCUUGUGACGACAGCCUCGAAAAGAAAUAUGAAUAUCAGUCCAAGGAGAUGAAAGAUUUUUUCGCGCUGGAAUGGGACAAAAGUUGUUAUUUCUCGGAUGGAAAACGACAGAUUGAUUAUGUGCUUGCCUAUGAGGAUGAGUCGGCUAACGGUUCAACAAGUAGCGAUGGGCCGUCUGCAGCUGAAAUUGAUCCAGAUGAAGACGAUGAUGACAAGGAUAGUCCACAAUCGCCAACAAGCGCCUCAGAGAAAAAACCACUGAGAAGAUACUAUUACGAAAUGAAUCUCCAACGAAUGGGUUUGCAGAUCGAGCGAGUCAAUAUUUCACCUACGCUCGGUCGCACACGAUUUGUGUUGCUGCAUGCGCCGUUUGCUGUUCUCGAAAAGCAGGCACAACUUCUUUCUGUGAAGCUUCCUGUCCAGGAAAGCGAUGUGGUCUUCCAGGAUAGAACCUCUCUUCCUGGUUUUGUAGACAGCAUUCUUUCUCGAAUUGGUAUAUUUGAUUUUGAUGCGCGAGUGAGAAAGGUUCUGGAAGAACCGGAUUUCUUCACUGCGCCUUACUCCAGCGAUCGUCGGAAACAAUUCGUUAACUGGGAUCGACCCGACAUCUUAUUUCCGAAUGCGGAGAGAUCACGAAUGGUCUUCGAUUUGCUCACUCGCGCUCAUUAUGAUAGUCCCAUAUUAAAGAAGCGCGCGACUCAGUACCGAUUUGGUAUUGAACGAUUGCUGGCCCAAGGUGUCUACAACGCUGCAUUUCCUCUUCAUCAGACAAUCAGAGAAGUAGUGCCCAGAGGAACUGAGUUGUCUCAGCGAGAGCUAUUGUACAACCACUGGGUUUCGUGGAGGAAUAUCUUGAAGUACCAGCCUUUGGACUGCAUAAAGCGAUAUUUUGGUACUAAAGUAGCCUUUUACUUCGCCUGGCUGGGAUAUUAUACGCGAUCGUUAUAUAUAGCAGCUCUCAUGGGUAUCAUAACAGUGUUGUUUGGAAUUUGGAAUUUGUCUGAGGAUGUGGUCAGCAACGAUAUUUGUGGAAGCGACGGCGUUGGAGCAACAACCAUCGUAUGUCCUCAGUGUGAAAACUAUUGCGACUUUCAGCUACUUAAGAACAGCUGUCUCUAUGCAAAGAUGUCAUAUCUCUUUGAUAAUGGUGUUACUGUAAUAUUCGCUGCUCUGAUGUGUGUAUGGGCUACAUUUUUCCUCGAAGGCUGGAAAAGGUAUCAUGCUGAAAUUGCCUGGAAAUGGGGUCUGCUCGAUUUCGUCGUUGAAGAGGACACGGUGCGUCCGGAUUUCCAGUUUCGUGUGAAAACCCGGCGAUAUAAUCCGGUAACACAACAAGAAGAACCUUACCUUUCGGGAAAGAAAAGGUUUGCGAAUUUCUGCGCAGGAGGAGUCACAGUUCUUUUCUUUAUGUGUCUUGUUCUUGCCGUUGUUUUCGGAAUGGUUGUUUAUCGAGUGAUAUGUAUGCGGCUCCUGGCUAGUAUGGACAACCCUACAGUGGAUUCGUAUGCAUUCCUCAUAGUGUCCAGCACUGCUGCCUUUAUCAAUCUGUCCAUCAUUUUGUGCAUGAAUUACUUCUAUAAUUCGUUGGCUCACCGGCUGACGCGCUGGGAAUGUCCGAGAACGCAAGCAGAUUUCGACAAUAGCUACACUUUCAAAGUGUUUCUGUUUCAAUUUGCUAACUACUACUCUUCUCUAUUUUAUGUUGCGUUCUUCAAAGGAGUCCUUUCGCAGUUGCCUGGCACGAAGGAUAAUGACGGCAAUGUAAAAAUUGCAGGAUAUCGUUUGGAGGGAUGCGAUCCAGCGGGUUGCUUCGUCGAAUUGGUGAUCCAGCUUGCAAUCAUUAUGUGUGGGAAGCAGUUCUUUUCAGGCCUUGUAGAAUUCGCCUACCCGUGA